GUGGCCGCGCGCGAGCAGCGACUUCCGGCCUCUGGAAUAAUGGCAUUUGUUCCCUUAUCUCUUGCAAAAACACCCAAAUAUGAUAUCUACUCUUGCAGUGAAGUGGAAAAUUCCGAUCAAGAAGUGGACCUCCAUGAUGGCAUCUUGGGUCACGGUGGCGUGGUUGGAGGGCGUGGUGGUGACGGAGGCGAGAGCAGCAGGGACCAGAUCAGACCCUCAGUUCGCGGAGCUCCCGCCCACUCGACGCCCAUCUUCGACUUCACCCCGCCCCACCCUGCCCACCUGCUGUCCUCAGGGACGUCGCUCUCCCUGACCCAGCCCUCCCGCGCCAGCUGCUCCUCGGGCCCGCAGCGCGCCAGAGGGACGAGGGAGUCUUGGUCUGCGUCAGCUGAGCUUUCUGCCGUCGCCUCCUGCAGGACUUCGAGGUCAUCCUCUGCGAGUGGCGAGGGCGAGGCAUCCGGGGCGUCCAAGGACCACUCUAGCCUCUUUAAGACUCCGAGGAACGAUGGGCACGGGUGGGCAUCGAGGAACAACUACCCUGGACGUGGGCGGAAAAGGACCCCCUCCUGGACGGGUUCGAAGGACGCCUCCUCCACCGGGCGCUCCAGAACGCCUUCCACGGGGCGGACGACGACGCUCGGCUCAGCGCGCUACUCGUGGACGCCCGGAUCCGCCCGCUCCUCGGCGCCCUCUGCCCGCGCCCGAGCCGUCCCGCCGUCGACCGUCGUGGCGGUGGCAGAAGGCCGAGGGCAGGCCCGCGGAGAGGUGGGCGUGGCGGCGAUAGAUCUGCGACGCCCACACCUGUCCCUCGCUCAGUUCUCGGACACUCACACCUACACGAGGACUCUCACUAAACUGAUUGUGUUGAAUCCCCUGGAGGUAGUGAUAGCGAGCACGGCGGUGGACGGGGCUGCAGGCGUGGGCGGGCGCAGCGGUUUGGUUCGAGUCCUUCAGGAGAGCUUGGCAGAGGUCUCCAUCACGGCCAUCCACCGUCGCUACUUCAAGGACACUCGCGGCCUCGCUAUCGUCAAGCACCUCGCCGCGCCCCACUGCGCCUACGUCGAGAGGCAUCUGGCGACGAAGUACUACUGUCUAGCCACAGUGGCCGCCCUCAUGAAGUACAUAGAAUGCAUCCAACAUGUGACGUAUGCUCCACACACCCUCCAUGUGGAGCUUUCCUCCUCUGAAAACACCAUGAACAUUGAACACUCCACUUGCCGAAAGCUUGAGUUGGUCCGGAGUCUCCGAGGCAGCUGGGAGGACUCGCUCUUCGGCGCCCUUCGCCACACUCGGACUCCUGGAGGAACUCGCCUGCUGCGUGCCUCCCUGCUGCAGCCCCACGCAGACGUCCCAACCAUUAAUGCGCGUCUAAAUGCCCUUCAGUACCUGGUUGACAACCCCGACCUCUUCUACACGCUUCAGAGCAUCUUGGGGAGGUUCCCAGACAUUGAUUGGCUUUUAUCAAUGUGCGCACAGCUUCAUAAGGAGGACACGGAGCAGCGUUGUGAGCUUCGUCUGAACUACGUAAUCUCGCUGAAGAACACCCUGGAGCUCCUGGACCCCUUGGCCAGCACCCUCGCCGACGCCACCGACCCGCUCCUUGACUCCGUCAGGCAGAGCGUGUCGAGAGCUGAUCUGCAGGAGUUACUGGAGACGCUUCGGGGCGUGAUGCACGAGGACGCCCGACUGGUCAAGGGCGCCGCCGCCAUGAGAGCCCAGCGCUGCUACGCCAUCAAGAGCCACGUCAACGGCCUCCUAGACGUCGCUCGCAAGAUCUACUCGGAGAUCAUCGACAUCACGGCCCACGUAGAGGAGCUCGCCAAAGACCACAACGUGGGCAUGAGGGUUGGCCACAACGCCGCCCGCGGGUUUCAUAUCGCCAUCCCGGUGCCGAAGAGGAAAUCAGCGCCUAACCUGCCUUCCGUUUUUAUCAAGGUGCAGCGAGGUCGAGGAUGCAUCACUUGCACGACAGAACAUCUGUAUUUGCUCGACCAACGAUCCCGUGAUACCCUCAGGGAGAUACUCAUCAUGAGUAAUGUGAUCGUGUCUGAGAUGCUGAUAGAGGCGCGCGGGCGUAUGGGUGCGCUGCAUGGACUUGGAGAGGCCAUAGCCACUUUGGAUCUGGUGGUGUCCCUCGCCCACUCGGCCGCCCUCGGGUCCUGGGUCAGACCCGAGUUCUCCCGCGCCCUUGCCAUUCGCUGUGGCAGGCACCCGAUCCUAGACGUGCUCGCGCCUACCCCGCCCGUCCCCAACAACACGUUCUUAAGCCCAGAGAGCCGGGUAAUGGUGGUGACAGGACCUAAUAUGAGCGGCAAGAGCACCUACCUGCGGCAGAUUGCCCUCAUUCAAGUGCUGGCUCAGAUUGGCAGUUUUGUGCCAGCAGAAUUCGCGUCUCUCCGCGUAGUGCGUCAUCUGUUCACUCAUUUAGGUUCCGAGGAUUCUCCAGAAAACAAUGCCUCUACCUUCCAAGUACAGAUGAGUGACGUGGCGCACAUGGUGGACGGGGCAGGAGCGACUCCCUCGUGCUACUGGACGAACUCGGGUCAGGCACGAGCGUCGAGGAAGGAGGAUCCCUCGCCUGGGCCGUCAUGGAGACCCUCGUGCACGCCCGCGCCACCACCGAGCGCAACAGGUCGCAGUGGGGCUUCGGGAAAGGACGAUCUGUGGCACUGCUACCACCUUGAGAGCGAGGACGAAGGGGGCGGUCUGCUACGCCUGAGCCACGUCGUCCGUCGGGGGGUCACCCAGGCCACCCACUACGGCCUCGCCCUCGCCGCAGUCACGGCCAUGCCCCCUUCGGUGCUGCAGCGAUCCCGACACCUCGCAAGCGUCAUGGCACCUCCGACGCAGGUCGCGGUGGAAGAGGACGCGGAGAGCCUACGAUACCGCGCAGUGUAUCGCCUUGCGCAUCGCCUGUUGGCUCUGGCCAACGCCACCCUGCCAACCUCGAGUCCUUCCGACGACCCACAGGCUAACUAUGCAGCUCUUACUCCGCGCGCAUCCACAUCGAAGGCCCUUCAGCCGCACAGCAUAGACGAAACAACAUCGGAAGCAUCCCCACGAGAAUCAAGAUCACUAGGCGCUCACGAUCUCACGGCUCUCAGCGAUACUCGAGCGACGGAGCUGAAGACCAAGCUACAGUGCCUACUGCAGGACUUCAUGGCGCAGGUGGACGGCGGCACUCUGGACGCGCCUCAGUUGUCGGACGAGGACGGUGACGGACUUCAAGGACUAGUAGGAGUCCUUCGAAAACGGUGUUCCGCGACAUGGAAAAAAAUGUUGACUUCAGCCGUUGUUUGUGUGGAGAAUUAUUAA